AAUAGGUUGCUCAUGACCACGCAUUGUGCAAGCAAGCAGUGGCAUACACACAUUUUCCCGACGGCCGAAUGCCUUUAAAUACGGCAGCAGCCUCGACCCCGUCUGGCCGUCUCCUCAACCAGCUCACCGCGUACGCAAAACCAAUCACACGAUCGAGUAAACAAGAAGCUCCCUCUCCUUCCGUGUCAUCGCCGCUGCCUACCUACCAUGGCCUGCACUCACCAGGACGUCGUGUUUGACGUGAACGCCGUCGGCUGGGCCCCCUCCGGCGAGCUCACGGCGCUGUCCCUACACCGCGAGGACGACCCGGCGAGGCUCCCCGCGGCGGCCGCCGUCGGGCACGCCCGCGAGCCCAGCGGCCGGUACGUCCUCGCGGCGGGCCGCGCCGGCGAGGGCGACGGCCUGAUCCAGGCGAUCGCCCCGGGCGCGCUCAGGCCCCGCGUCACGUACCGCGUCGCCGGCUGGAUCAGCGUGGCCGGCGACGCGGCGGCGGAGGGUGGCGGCCAGCAGCGGGCACCUGGUGGUGAGCAUCCCGUCGUCCGUGUCAGCAUCCGCGUCGUCGGCGGCCGCGUCGUCGACGGCGGCGCGGUCUGCGCCGAGCCCGGCAGGUGGGCGGAGGUCAAGGGCACGUUCCGGCUCAGCGAGAGCCCCCGCGGCGCGGCGGUUCACGUGCACGGGGCGCCGGCCGGCGUCGACGUGAAGGUGAUGGACCUCCGGAUCAUCGCCACCGACCGCAAGGCGCGCUUCAGCCACCUCAAGGAGAAAACGGACAAGGUGCGCAAGCGCGACGUGGUCCUCAAGUUCGGCGGCGGCGGCGGCCUGCCGCCGGCGGGCGCGUCCGUGCGCGUGGUCCAGCUGGACAGCGCCUUCCCGCUGGGCAGCUGCAUCAACGGCGAGGUCAUCCGCAUCCCGGCCUUCGUCGACUUCUUCGCCGCCCACUUCGACUGGGCCGUCUUCGAGAACGAGCUCAAGUGGUCCUGGACGGAGCCGCGCCGCGGCCACCUCCGCUACGCCGACGCCGACCGCCUGCUCGACUUCUGCGACCGCGCCGGCAAGCCCGCGCGCGGCCACUGCAUCUUCUGGGCCGUCGACGCCGACGUGCAGCCGUGGGUAAGGGGCAUCGGCGGCGACCGGGCCCAGCUCGCCGCCGCCGUGGACGCGCGCCUCGCCGGCCUCCUCGGCCGCUACGCGGGGAGGUUCCCGCACUACGACGUCAACAACGAGAUGCUCCACGGCCGCUUCUUCCGCGACCGCCUCGGCGACGGCGCCGCGGCGCGCAUGUUCCGGGAGGCGGCGCGGCUGGACCCGGCCGCCGCGCUCUUCGUCAACGACUACAACGUCGAGUGCGGCGGCGCCGGCGACCCCCGCGCGACCCCGGAGAAGUGCGCCGAGCUCGUUCAGGACCUGCGGCGCGGCGGCGCGCCGGUGGGCGGGGUCGGGCUGCAGAGCCACGUCACGCACCCCGACGGGGAGGUCAUCUGCGACGCGCUCGACACGCUCGCCGCCGCCACGGGCCUGCCCGUAUGGAUCACCGAGCUGGACGUGUGCGAGCCCGACGACGCGCUCCGCGCCGACGACCUCGAGGUGGUGCUCCGCGAGGCGUUCGCGCACCCGGCCGUGGAGGGCGUCGUGCUCUGGGGGUUCAUGGAGGGCCACAUGUGGCGGCCCGACGCCGCGCUCGUCCACCAGGACGGCACCGUCAACGACGCCGGCCGGAGGUUCCUCGACCUCCGGAGGGAGUGGACCUCCGACGCGCGCGGUCGCAUCGACGACGACGGGCAGUUCGAGUUCAGGGGAUUCCACGGCACCUACGUGGCUCAGGUCACCACGGCCACAGGGAAGAUGAUCAAGGCGUUCACCGUCGACAAAGGGGACGGGGCUCUCGUGCUGGACAUGAUGGAUGUCUGACCCGCUAGUGUUAUAAUAUAAUAAUGACAAUUUUAGGGUGGCUGGGAGAUUACUGGAAUCUGCUUAGAAAUUCAGGUUUAGCUUGGUAUUCACAUCAGACUACCUUUCUCUUGGUGUACAAGGCAUUAUGCUGGAAUGAAGUCAUGAAGAGUUAACUUUA